AUGGCCGGACAAGUUGUUCGUCGUCAAAUUCGUUGGUUCCAUGCCUCCGCCCGACGUGCACACCUUGUAGGGCCACCUGAUCCUAUCUCCAACCUCCGCCCUGUCGUCUACGACAACGAUGUCCCACAAGUGCGCAUGGAUGUCACGCACCCUUACUCCUUAAGAGAGUUCCGGGGAGACACGCGAGAGUAUCAGUGGAAGAUGCAGCGGCAACAGUUGGAUGCGUUCAACCACGCAUUCUGGACAAACAGCAAUUCCCGCUUCGAGGCAGCUAAACGCGCUGUGCUCGAGAGUCUGCCCGCCUCGUGUUCAGUAGAGGACCGCGAGUUCGCACUCUCCGGCUUCUACAGACGGUGGGCUAUUCAAGAGACGUCUCGCCAGCAGAGCUACAGUGCAGAGUGGCGGAAACGGAACCGGGCGAGCAUCUUCCUCGGCGGGCGGCUCGCAUAUGAGCGGUUCAUGACACGCAUCUCGCGGCCAUUCUCGUCGAAUCAUGAGAGCAAAAAUGAAUGA